AUGGAGACAACGCGCCGUGUUGACAUCACUCCGCUCAAGCCGGUCCUCAGGGCAUAUACCCUAGCAUAUCUCUCAGUCACCGGCCCCAGGCUGUUGGAUUUCCUGAGAACGCUACGAAAGCAAAAGCUGUCGGCGCAAGAGAAGUUGGGCCUCUUGUAUAGCAUCCUCAACACCUCGACCCAGGUCAACCGCUUUCCCACCGCCGCUGCAGUCAUUGUCGGAGGCGCCACUAUCCUGCCUCGUGUUGCUCGCACCCUUCUUCAAUGGCUCUUCUCCUCUACUACUAAGACCAAUUCCAGCCAUCUUAGCGGCCGUAUCAACGCUCGUCUCCACUUCCUCUGUUCGUUUCUCUCGGCCUGGGUGGCUUUUGGUCUCCUCAAUCGGGACGAGGCAUGGGUUCGUAAACGGGCAAAAUCCCGCACCACGGCGACAGUCGACGCCAGCAAUCUUGAAUUGCCGAACCAACAUCAUCUGCCUCCACCGUCGUACCAUCCCCAUUACGCCGGAAAGACCAUUGACUUCACACUGUUUGCUUUCUGUCGAGCUCUGGACGUCGCCGCCAUCACAACUUGGACUCGUACACGUUCCAAGUCAUGGCAUCCGGAACACAAAACUCCAGCUCUGGCAAACCUCAUCCGCAAAACUGCUGAUCCCUGGAUAUUCGCAGCCUCGGCUGCCAUCAUCAUGUGGUCGUGGUUCUACUCUCCGCAUCGUUUGCCUCGGGCGUAUAACCGCUGGAUCUCCAAUGUGGCUGAUAUAGAUGGCCGUCUCAUUCAGGCCCUUCGGCUAGCCCGACAGGGUGAUUUUGUGUAUGGACAAGAUACCGGGCAGGCACCACUUUUAACGGGGCUGUGCCAUGAACUUGGAUUGCCGGAAGAAUACGGGGAUCCCGCGAAAACCGUUCCCAUACCUUGUGAGUUGUACCAUUGUGGCACCGGCAAGAGCUGUGAGGUCCAUGCCAUGUCACGGUUUUGGCGAAGCUGGAAAUUCGCGAUGGAGUUGUAUGUACCGCUUCAGGUGCUUACCCGCCUUCGCUCUCCGAGCACGAAGUCACCGCUGGAAGGCAUCAGAUCUGCAGCGAGAUCAUCAUCGUUCCUGGCCGCAUUUGUCGCCAUGUUUUACUAUGGCGUGUGCCUCGCACGGAAACGCCUUGGACCAAGACUCUUUUCCAACAAGACUGUGUCGCCGCAAAUGUGGGAUUCUGGGUUGUGCGUUUUGGCUGGUUGUCUUGCGUGCGGAUGGUCGAUCCUUCUGGAGAAACCUAGUCGACGACAAGAGAUUGCCUUCUUCGUCGCGCCGAGGGCGAUAGCCACCAUCCUGCCUCGUGUCUAUGACAAGCGAUACGUUCGUCGGGAACAAGCAGUAUUUGCCACCAGCGUGGCCGUGGUUUUGACAACGUUGAAAACAGGCAAUGAUCGUAAUGUGAGAGGUGUACUCGGGAGAGUGCUUGGAGGUAUACUCAAAGAGUGA